CGCGGGUGGGGACGCGGACGGAGGGGACAUGGGUGACAUGGUGGCCGCGCUGCUCUGCGGGGUUCUUGUCGCUGUGGCCGUGGGUGAGCCCGCCCCGGACCCUCCCCCCCACCUCCUCUCGGAGGUUCUCACCUGCCAGCCCGACCCUCCCUCCCUGUCCCUCUCCGUCACCCUGGACGGCCUCCCCCUUUUCUGGUUCGAUUUCCCGGGAUCGCGCUGGAAUCCCGGGAUCCCCUCGCUGCCCGCCUGGCCCCCGGCGCUGGAGUCUCCCCGGGAAAUCCUCCCCGAGUCCCAGCUCUGCCGGGAAAUCCUGGGAAUCCUCGGCCCCAACCUCACCGGCCAAAUCCCCGAGGGCAGAGCCAUCCCCACCAUUUCCGUUUUCCCCGCGCUGCCGCCGCUGCCGGGCGAGCCCAACACUCUGGUCUGCCUGGUGGAGAACAUCUUCCCUCCGGUGCUGGACAUCGGCUGGGCCGUGGGCGGGGCCGAGGUCACCCGUGGGGUCUCCCAGGGCCCCUUUGUGCCCAGCGCCGACCUCACCUUCAGCCGCAUCUCCCGCCUGUCCCUCACCCCCCGGCCCGGAGCCGUCCACGCCUGCGUGGUCACCUCGAGGAGGGACAACGCCACCAUGGUGGCCUACUGGGUGGCUCCGGACACGGCGCUGGACGAGCAGCUGGACACGGCGCUGGCCGGAGCCGCGCUGGCCCUGGGCGUGGUCCUGGCCCUGCUGGGGGCUGGGCUGGCCCUGCUGGCCCGGGGUUGAGUCGAUCCGUGCGGGAAUCUGGAGUUAAUUUGGGAACUAAACCCGGCUUUUCCUAAAUAAAUCCGAGCUUUGGGCAAA